GUGAUCUAAUAGGAAAAUCGUUUGCACUUGAUAAUUGCUUAUUAUUAAGCGUCAUCGGUAAUUGUUUGCUACUGCAAUUACCAAUCGUAUUUGCGUUUUGCGCACGAAUUGUAAUUUUGUGAGAUAUCUAAUCGUAGGCUUCGUUAAGUUUCCUUUCUUUCCUAUUUAUUUCUUCACAGAUAAACAAAUAUAUAUUCGCUUGUUAUCGAAAGGUCGAGUUCAUUAGUUGUAGUGGGCUACGUACGAUGCUGAUGUACUGCAAUAAUGGACUGAUGUGUUUACUGUUGUUGGUAGUUGCUGCUGCUUCUGCAUCUGGGAAAUGCGUGCAAAAGUCGCAAUGCGUGUGCGAAGACACGGAGACGGGUUUGGUCAUAGACCUGGAGGAUCUUUUCAGUUACGAGGAUGAUGAUGAUGGAGAUGACGCGUUUUUGAAAGCCGUUGCCGAUGAUGAUUCGACGUACUACUUCCACGGCUGCGUCGACGCCGUCUUCAACGUGGACGUGAAGAACAUCAGCGGUGACGAAUGCAACGAAAACUCGAUCACCUUUUGCUACUUUGAUGGUGCGACCAGAAAAUUGAUUCCUGUGGGAAACGCAUCGAGUUUCCGUUUCGCCGCCGAUCCCAAACACAGUGACUUAACUAACAUAGUGUACAAGCAAGAGAAGCAAGAUUUCGUGAUCGGUUUGGUCUGUUCUCCCGAAUUGCUAAAGCCCGAACUCGUGGUUAAAGAACCGAAGAAUCUUAUGUUGUACUCGAAAUAUGCAUGCAAAGUUGAUGCGAGAGGUCUGAGCGGCGGGAGUCAGCUGUUGAUCGCGUUCUUCGUCUGCGUCGCUCUCUACCUGAUCUCCGGUAUGCUCUUCACGUAUUGCGUCGUGGGUGGACGAGGCGUCGAGAUGAUACCGAAUUUGAACUUUUGGAAGCAGCUUCCCUCCUUGAUCAAAGACGGAUUCAAGUUUGUCGUGAGCGGAUGCAAAGUGCAGCAAAUCUACAAUUCGAUGUGAAUAAUAAAAAUAAGAAUAGUU